UUCAUGACGUGUCGCCUUAAGCCCCGCCCUCCCAUACUCCGACGUACUUCACUUCAGAUAUCACGCCACUGAGAAAGCCCCGCCCCUACCCCAACCGGCGCGCGCUGUCCUUAUGAAAUGGAUGAGAUUGGAUGCGAGGAGGUUUUUCACUGUAAGAAGACGCUCUCGGCCCUGCACUAACCACUACAGUACACUAACGAGCGGAAGUCGUGACAGAAGCGUGCUGUUAAAUAUAUUUGAAGUACAUUAUAAUAAUAAUAAUAAGAAGAAGAAAAAUCCCAUAAAUAAACCUGUUUAGUGCGGAGGAAGAUGCUGUUGAGGAAAAACUGCAGUGUAGUUUUGAGCUGCGUAUUGCUUGGACUCAUCUCUCUGCCUUCAAGCCGUGCUGCUACAUGUAACGAGCGUCAGUUUCAGUGUGGGAACAAGAAAUGCAUUACAAACCGCUGGGUGUGUGACGGGACGGACGACUGCGGAGAUGGAACCGACGAGCUCCCUGCCACCUGCACCGAGAAGAAAUGCCUGCCGUCGGAGUUCACCUGCAACGGGAGCCCUAUUCAGUGCGUGUCCUCCAGGUGGCGCUGUGACGGAAAGGCCGACUGUGAGAACGGAACGGACGAGCUGGGCUGCGCCCUGAAGAACUGCACGUCAGACGAGUUCCGCUGCGCAGACGGCCAGUGCAUCUCCUCCUCGUUCGUCUGCGAUGAGGACGCUGAUUGUUCAGACGGCAGCGACGAGGCCUCUUGCCCCAAGCCCACCUGUAUAGCUGGCUCUUUUCAGUGCAACGACACGGUGUGUGUUCCGCAGCUGUGGGCUUGCGAUGGAGACCCAGACUGCGCAGAUGGCUCAGAUGAGUGGAGUGAGCACUGUGGCCAGAAACCGAUACCAAGCCCCUGCAGUGAACAGGAGUUUCAGUGCAGCAACGGCAAGUGCAUCCACAGCAUGUGGCGCUGCGACGGAGGCUUCGACUGCACCGAUCACUCUGACGAAGCCAACUGCACUGUGGCUACUUGUCGACCCGACGAGUUCCAGUGUAACGACGGUACCUGUAUUCCUGGCAUCCACCAGUGUGACGGUGAGAUCCACUGCAAGGACCUGAGUGACGAGAAAGGCUGUGCCACUGUGAGUAAAUGUGACGGUCCGGACACGUUCCAGUGCCGCAGCGGAGAGUGCAUCAGCAUCGAUAAAGUGUGCGACAAGAAGCGUGACUGUAGGGACUUGUCUGACGAGCCCAUCAAAGAGUGCAAUGUCAACGAGUGCCUUGAAAAUAAUGGCGGUUGCUCUCACGACUGUAAAGACCUGAAGAUCGGCUACGAGUGCCUCUGCCCUUCAGGCUACCGCCUGGUGGACCAAAAACGCUGUGAAGACAUUGACGAGUGUGCUGACCCCGACACCUGCGCUCAGGUGUGCCUGAAUCUGGUGGGCGGCUUCAAGUGUGAUUGUCAGGAGGGCUAUGAGAUGGACCCCAUGACCAAAGAGUGCAAAGCUGUUUCUGAUAACAUUCCCUACCUGUACUUCACCAACCAUCACGAGGUGCGGAAGAUGACACUGGAUAAGAAAGAGUACACAUGUCUGAUCCCGCAACUGAAGAACGUGGUGGCACUCGACAUGGAUGUGUCUAGUGAAACAAUCUUCUGGUCUGAUCUCUUCCACAAAAAGAUCUACAGCACUCCCAUAGACAAGGCUGCUUAUCCUACCAACCACGUCACCUUGAUUGACAGCCAGAUCUCCUCUCCCGAAGGCUUGGCUGUUGACUGGGUUCAUGGCAACAUCUACUGGACCGACAGUUUCUUUCAAAGCAUUUCCGUAGCAACAAAGGAUGGGUCCAAGCGCAAGACUCUUAUCAAAGUGGGCUUGAAUAAGCCGCACGAUAUUGUUGUAGAUCCAGAACGCAACUUCAUGUACUGGACCGACUGCGGAAACCCUGCCAGGAUAGAGAAGAGUGGUUUGAACGGGGCAGAUCGUACAGCUCUGGUCACUGACAACAUCGUCUGGCCCAGUGGCAUCACACUAGACUUGGUGAAUCAGCGGCUGUACUGGCUGGACUCUAAACUGCACAUGCUUUCCAGCAUUGGUGUGGAUGGUGGUUUGCGUCAUACACUCAUAGUUGACGAGUGGCAGCUGGCCAAUCCAUUUUCGCUGGCUGUGUUUGAGGAGAAAGUGUUUUGGACGGACGCAUCCAACGGAAGCAUCCGAAGUGCAAAUCGUCUGACGGGAAAAAGCAUUAUGACAGUAGUGAAGAACCUACUGUCUCCCAAGGACAUUGUGCUGUACCACAACCUCAAGCAGCCGAGCGGUACGAAUUGGUGUGAAGAAGGGAACCAUGUGAACGGCGGCUGUGAUUAUUUGUGUCUUCCGGCUCCUCGAGUGAAUCAGCAUUCCCCAAAAUACACUUGCACCUGCCCCGAUCACAUGAUCCUCGGCCCUGACAUGAGGAAGUGUGUGGAAGUUCUUAAGCCAGUAGCAAGUACAGCAGUGGUUCCAGCUCCAGUUCCAGCUGGUACCACACCAAAACGACCUGCCAUACAAAGCACCACCACAACUACCAGAACAACAACCAAACAAACACCCAGAACUACAGGCUCCAUGACUUCCUCAGGUGCUGCUGGGUCUCGGAAGAACAUCCCAGAAACCAAGACCGAGAUCAGUCCUCGUGAAGGUUCAAAUGAUGUGUACGUUGCAGUCACCAGCCCUUCGCAACACUCUCUCGCUCUCUAUGUCAUCCUCCCUAUAGCGGUGUUAUGCCUGACUGCAUUUGGCGCCGUGCUGCUGUGGCGUCAUUGGAGGCUGAAGAACACCAACACCAUUCACUUUGAUAACCCUGUGUACCAGAAAACUACGGAGGACCAGGUGCACAUCUGCAGGAGUCAAAGCCAAGACGGCUACGUCUACCCACCACACCAGAUGUUAUGUUUGGAUGAUGAGGAGGACAUUGCAUGAUGGUUCUCUCAGAAAGACACAAACAACCCCACAGGAAGUCAAAUCUAAAGAACAAGAGAGACUCAAAGGUUAGCUGGCACUUUAGAUGCUGCUUUGAGGUUGUUUUUUUGUUUUUUUUUUGCUGCACAAAUCUGAAUGUGAAGGAAAACACCACAUGAAGCAUGGACACAGAAGAAUGUCAUCACCAUGAUAUAUAUAUUUAUAUAUAAAGCCACUAAAUGUUUUACAAAUUUUGAUGCUUUCGGAUCAAGGUCCUAUUUCAACCUUCCAUGUCUUUAGCAGGUGCAUGCUUAUACUGUUACAUACAUCAUGCAGCCAAAAUUCAGUAAGACAGGAAGUUACAUCAGAUCCACUUCUAAACUAAUAUGAAGAACCUCAACUACAUGAAAAGAUGAUAGUAUAUAUAUCGCUAAAACUUUUUUGAGAAGCCCUGCAUAAGGACCACAUGACACAUUCGUUAAUUAUAAGCUGCAGAAUGCACUGCGUUAUGAAGAGCCCUUGCUCUGACACCAUCUACUGCAUAUCCUUUAAUAUGUAUAUUAAAGGAAUACUUUAGUAUUUUUCAGCGUCAUCUCUUCCCACCAAAUCUGUAGCAUAUGUGUGAUUACCAUGCACAAGAAUGGAAAAUGUAUGCGUCCUGAGAAAAGAGAACAGAAAACUUGUUUACUCGAAGUAGCUUAUAAUGGAAUUCUUAUAACGAAAGGGCAGUUGCUGAAUUGUGUGCCAAUAAAACACAUAAAAAGUAAAGGUAUUCUACAGAUUUAGAGCUUAAUUUACAAAUACUCUUGAUAGAAACCAAAACACUGUAUAAACGUUAACUGACUGCCCCAACAACUGCCCAUAGAUCUCCAUUAGAAGCAUGUUUGGAGUUUGUCUCAGGGCAGGGAAAUGUGUUGAUAUUCUUGACCAUGGUAAUCACACGUUUUCUACAGUCACCAUGGAUAAGGUUAGAGAACUUCAUAUUCAUAUUAACUUUCUGAAUGACGAACUAGAUUGCAGUAUGAAGUUACAUUGCACAAUCAGAAAGAGAUCCGGGCUUGAAAUAAAAAAUCGAGAGAAUUGAAGCAUCCUGAGCCAUGGAUAGCUUUUUAUACAUGACGGUCAUGACACUACCGUGACUUGUUUGGCAUGACAAGUCACCUUUCCAAAGAACUAUUCAGGGAGAAAUAAAACAAAUCGAGGUUUUACAGGUUUGUGACGCUGGCAUUUUGCACUCGAAGAAAACAGCUUGUUACCUCUCGUCGAAGAACGCAGAUGAAGCAGAAGCUUUACGAUGUUUGCUGUGAAUGAGCAACAGCAUGUUAGCAUGUUAGCGCUCGUGCUUUCGGAUAGCCAUGUGCCUGUACGAUGCCUUCGGUAGAUGAGCUAGAUACGUUGAUUAUGUUUGUUUUCGUUUGAAACAUGCCUUACGAUGGGUUUAUUUGUUGCCUUAAUCCUCAGGUUUUGGAACAUUCACCGAAUAACUCGCUAGUAUAGCUAUAGAAUAUGUGAAAUGUGAAACCUUUUUGUUUUUUUGGGAGAGUAGUUUUAAAAUGAUAUUUAAGACCGUGUAAUCAACAUCAAAUCAUGUACAUUGACUACGCUGUUGUUGUUUUUUGUACACUUCAUGAAUUGUGCAGAUGUCUAUUUUGAAAGUUUUUUCUGCAAUUGUUACAGUAGAUGAAGUCAUUACCUGAAGAAAAUGUAAAAUGUGUACAUAAUACCUGUGUAUAUACCUUUUCUGUCACUCAGUUUUUUUUAAGUUUGUAUAUUUUAAACCACAGAUUUUGUAUAUAUGAAAUAUUUAUUGUAACAUAUCUAUAUAAUGUGUCAUUUUAUUUUCUAGUUUCUUGUAAAAAUAUAUAUGUAUAUAUAUUGACCAUUCAGUUUCUAAUACACUCAGAAAAAUAAGGGUACUGCUACUAUUGAGGAUACUCACACUGUUAUAGAUGCAGUACACGACAGCAUAGCUUUAUCAACUCCAGUUUUGGCUUUUUUUGGUUUUCAAAUAAGACUUUCUUUUUAUUUUAUAGUGCUUUUAAUUUUGUGUAGAAGUUGCACUAUAAGUAAACUUAAAGACAGUUCCUGUGUCGUUAUUACCCAGGUACUGUAAGAGUACAGAUUCGAUUCUGUAGGCAUGGUACAACUCAAAUAUUGUGCAGGAAUCUCGUAAAAGUUAAAGAUACAGUUACGUACACGACAGUCGUAACACAUUAUAGACAUUAUUAACUGCGUACAAUGGACUACUAUAAUCCAUCUGUAACAGCACUGUAAUUACAGUACAUUAUCAUUGAUUGUGUUUCAUUUUACAUGUACUAUUUAUAUAAAAUAUGACCAAAAAAAAUCCAAAAAUAACAGUGCGCUAUACUUUAAAAAACGAGCCAUGUAUACAUCAUAAAUGUCAUAAUGUGUAAAUGCCAUCCAAAACACUUCUACGAAAUGAACUUCAACACAACACCUUGUUAAUUACAAUAUUUGUGCCUUUCUAUAAUAUUUCCAGGCCUGGAGGGUUAUUAUUAUUAUUUUUAAAAAUUAUUAUUAUUAUUAUUAUUAUUAUUAUUGUUACAAGAGUUGCAAAAUCGUACAUAAAGGAAAUGUGUUUCACUUAGUUUUUGUGUCCUUUAGGUUUACUUUGCUUUAAGAGAAAGACUGUUAUAGACUGCUAGAUAAGAGUAUCUGAACGGUUCAAAUGAAGGAAACAACACAACGUAACAACUGAAAUGUGUUUAUUUUGUGUUACUGUUAAAUAAACGUUACCUUUUAACAUGACUUUAAUAAUGUCUGAAUUGAUUUAAUAUUCAUGGUUCACUGAAGGCAGAAAGGAAUUUCGAGCAUUUUGUUCCUCAUGAUGAGAUGAACUCUGAGACCACUUUAUCCGAUACAUCCAGAGAUGGUAAAAUCACCUUAAUCCUUUACGUAAGUAAAAGUCCAAUUACUUAUUUAAAAGAACACUCAGGGACAUAGUGAAGUACAGCUUUAAAAACACACCACUCAAUUUAUCGUAGAAACGUAUAAACUCGGCCUUUAGUCCUUCAUCAGUGUCAGUUUCUGGAUAUUUUUGGUUGGUGGACUAUUUUUCAACCAAGCAAUGACAUUAAGGUGCUAUUAUCUUCCUUUACUUGUUAGCAACAGUAAUCUUAUACCUCCAGUGCAAAAUGAAAGAAGCAAAUGCAGGACAUAAAACAUGUCUUGUCUGGUUCACUAAAUUUAGUAGUACAGAAGUAGCUGUGAAACAUGUUCCUGUUCCUUUCCUGAACAGAGUGGAAAAUCUGUGGUUCGCCCUAAUGGCACUGUAUGAAAAUCUGAUGAUUAAUAGAGAGAUAAGAGUAUGUUCAUAAAUUAAUCUGCCAAAGAGACAUUCCCAGAAACCCAUAAUGAUGAAUCCCCCCCUCCACACACAUACUUCUUCCUGUCUGUACGCAGGAAAACUGUAAAAGAAUGUAGAAUAAGAAUGUACUGAUAACCGCAUAGACAGGUUUAUUUUAUAUUAGUAUAGAUUUUAUACAGAAUAAGUGACUUAUACAAUUGUAAUAUAGCACCAUGAUCGUCGUCUCAAUGUUCUUGUUCAGUUUUCCUGCGGAGUGAUUCAUCGCUAUGGGUUUCUGUGUGUGACUCUUCGGCAAAACAUCUUAUCGACAUGCUCUUAUCUCUCUAUUAUUCAUAAGGUUUACACACAGUGCCAUGAGGCUGAACCACAGUUUUUCACUCUGUUCAGAAAUGUAAAAGGCUUCAUGGCUGCUUCUAUUUUCUAAAGCAAUUACGCAAAUUAGGCGAUUAUAUUAAUACAACCCUAAUAAAAUUGCGAUAUUUUCCUGUUCUAUUUCCUAUUUACAUCGAAAAGCUGUAGUUCUUUGUAGUUCAUGGUGAAAAGGUUUGCGGGGUGGCUUUCACUUCAUGCAUAUGCUCACAAAGAAAAUCUACAUUUCUAACUUUAAUUGAUUAGGAUUUUUUUUUUUUUUUUUUUAAUAUUACAUUAUAUAUACAAUAUAUGCUGUGCAUCUAACUGGCUUAC